UUUAGUUUUAAUCAAAUUAAAUUAUAUUGAGUGGAAAUUAAUACAGUGUUUACACUUUCGGCCAUUAAUAUUGUUACGUCAUAUUAGGACCCUGUAACAUUGUUAUAUAUAAUAUAUAGGAGACGGAUUGACAUAAGUAUUUACACUUGUUUCCGAAUCAUAUAUCACUUACAAGUUACAGUAUGUUUAUGAAUUGUUCAAUUAAUAAAUGUAGUUUAAACCAAAACAUCAGACUGAUGGUAGGUUAAAAUUGUAAGAUUUCAGUCAAUCUUCACCAUGGAGUUGACAGCUCAUCAGCUGGUGGUGACUGGAGUAUUUGUUUUUUUAUAACAUUACACAACUUCCACAUAACAGAAAAUUGUGAAGUACUUGUGUGCUGUUUUCCGCUGUUGUAGAGAGGAGGAAGAAACGCACGGUGCAUGAACAAUGUCAUCCACAGACAAACUAAUACCAGUUCUGAGGAAACGGCUGACGUCCAAGGUGAUGUACCCGUAUUACAUCUCGGUCGCCAGUUAUUUCACUUUGUUCCAGCCUUUAAUUCGCUUCCCGCCACAGACGUGGACAGCUGCAAUAGCAAAAGCACUUCCGGUCUGGGUUUUGAUCGUGUAUGUGCGACUCUCGUCACGUGAAAAACUAAAGCACAUCAUUCCAAAAAGCUAUGACCACCAGAAUAUGAUCAUAGGUCUACUUUUCUUCAGCCUUGGAGACAUUUUCUUUAUCUUCGACACGGACCUUAUGGAAGAUGGCAUGUUGUGCUUCACUAUCGCCCAGUUUUAUUUCUCUCUCGUUGUCCAGCAGGAAAUCACAAAUAGCCGAGUGAAAUAUGUCUUUAUGUUUUUUGGCUUAGUGUCAUUUUCAUUUGUCAUGAACUACAUCGACGAUGGUAUCAUGGAUAUUUUUGUACUGUUCCAUCUACUUUUGAUUUAUACCGUCGGGUGGCGCGCGACAUGUCGUCUGCGAUUAGAGGGACUGGCUUUUUCUACCUUAAUGCCUUGUCUAGGAAGUCUCCUUUUCAUUGCUUCAGAUACUAUUCAGGCUGCCAAUAAAUGGAGGUGGAAAGUGGCAUUUAUUGAUUUUUUGGGAACCGUGUUUGACUAUACAGCUUUACUUUGUUAUGUUUUAAUCAUGGGUACAACGAAAACAGAUUUGUAUAUUGAGAGAAAAUUCAUAAAUUUUUAUUUGAACAAGUAAUCAUCUUACAAAGAAAACAUUUAUUAUUGUAACCCUGCUCACGCCUUUUUUCUGAAGCGGACGCAAACUUGCCAUGGAUGCAAAGAUACUUGAAAAAUGUCCACGUGUCAGAAUAUUGCAGAUACUGUAGGCCUAUAUUUCAAAAUAUUAAGACAACUUAAAACUGAAUUAUGUGAUCUUUAGUCAGGUCCGAGUAUAUGUCGAUGUCUGCCUUAAUUUCCAAUGUAUGUAAUUGGUGUAUAGUGGUUGGGACAUUUCACGGCAGACAAGUCCUUUCCGCCUCGGUUGUAGAGAAACUAUGUCCGUUUCUUUUUUCGUUGCUUAGAUUUAUUUGUUUUUAAACUUAUUUCUCUGAUAAUAUAUAUUUACAUAUUGUAAUAAUUCUGAAUCCUCUGCCAUUUACCUGUAUUGUACACAUUUUACUUAUGAGCCACAGGGCUCCUUUAGUCAAUAAACAAUAAGAGGAAUACUUGAACCUCCAGAGUCCUUUAGACCAAGUACGAAACUGUUCAUGGAAAUCAGGCAGAGCUUGACACAUCGCAUUGUUGGCAUUGCCAGCACUUUUAAAGGAAUAUUGAGUACAUACUAUUAUACCAAUAUAUGUGUACAUGUAAUGGAAAUUGAUAUUUCAAUAUUUACAUUCACCAACAUUUUGUCAGUAAUAAAUAUUUGCUGUUUCA